UAGAUUCACCCUUCGUGGGCAAUUACAACGUGUGGAAGACAAAGAUAUCAGAUCAGUUCUCCACACUGACUGAUGAAGAGGUGUCCGUGUUAUUUUGUUUUCUGUGUUCUGACUCCGGUCCUCCUGACUUCACUGAUACAGAGUGGCUGGACUUGCUUAAUGAGAUACGACAGGAAGUGUACGGUAAAGAGAAUCCUGUAACAAGUGAGGAAGCACAGCAGACUCUGGACAGACUGAAGUCACGUGAUUAUCUUUGGGAAGAUCAGGACAAGAUAACGGAGGACACAAAGGAUGAGACAAUGUAUAGGAUAGCAUCAAUAAAGUAUUUAAUACCAUUCUAUUACAGUAGUUAUGACACAGCCAGUGUGUACCUGAGAUCAGAGAUGUACAACAGAAAACCUAAAGAGAAGUGUGUCUGUAGUGAUGGUUACAGUGAUUACUUACUGAUACUCCGUCUACAGAUGAACAUACUGACUCACGUCACCAUGGAGGACACGUAUAUAUAUGAUGAGAUAUACCAGAUAUUGAAUGUUUCAAACCAAAUACUGAAGGAGAGUGAAGAUAAAAGAGAAGAAUUUCUAAUGGAUCUAAGAAGAGUAGGGGAGGCUGUACAUUACAGAGGAAGAUCACAGGACAGUGUAGAUCACGUGACAUGGCUCUGGAGAUACAGAAACUGGGCGAGACCUGACAUCGUGAGAUCCUGUAUAGGCCUCCAUCCACACAAUGAUAUCUACAUCAUUGACAACAAAGCUUACAGAAAACCAAGUAAACACCAUAACUUUUCACCAGAAGUCAGAUGUCUACUGUACUGCUUACUGUUAACUGAGAAAUAUCAACUGAAUCUCAAUGAACAAUCACACAGAAUCAUAAGGGACAAAAUCAAAGACAGAUAUUUUCCUGAUAUCACUGAUGAUGACUCUAUGGAUCCUCCUGAUGGAAUCACAGAAACACAUAACCGUGUGAUGACCUUUAUAUCAGACGACUUCCGACAUGACGUCAUGUACGCCUUUGUGACGGAGUGUUUGGUGGAGGACAGUGAUCUGGAGUUUUUCCUGACCACGGCGUCACGUGAUGUGAUAUCAGAGUACUGCAGGUCCUGGUGGUAUAAGAGGAGUGAGGGAGAGAGAUGUCUGUAUAUACCAAACGAGCCGGAGAAGAUGUACGAGCUCUUCAUAGACAAACUACAGUUGGACAUCAUCACACACUGUACCAUGUCUGACGUGUUGAUUUAUGACAGUAUCAGUAAACGUUUUGGAGUCCCUAGGGAAGUACUGCGAUGGGACCAGGAGGCCAGAGAGCGGUAUUUAGAGUACGCUAAGAGGGGAACACAGACAGUCCACCAUGCCCGGGGGAUGAUUGUAGGCUGUGCAGGGGCGGGGAAAACCACGCUACUUAAACUUCUGCUCGGUUGUAGUAAAGAGGAGAUUGAUAAUGUAAAAUCUACUGAAGGAUUGGAGGUGCAUGAGGAAAUAUUUGAUAUAUGUGAUGAAACAAAAUCAUUAAAAGCAAAGAAAAGCAAGGGCAGCAAUGGGAAAGUAUAUACUACAAAUGUUGACUCUAAGACUCUGACAUUCUUUGAUUUUGGAGGACAGUGUGCAUACUACGCCUGUCACCAGAUUUACCUGACCAGGAGAGCUUUCUAUGUUGUGGUGGUGGAUGCUUCUAAACGUCUUGACCAGAAGGUGGAUAAGAAAGUGUGUGAUCAGGAUGACAGUGUUUUCAGUGGAUGGACGUAUGGAGACUACUUUGUGUUCUGGAUAAAGUCUAUACAUACCUACUGUGGUUCUGACAAUGAAAAAGAUAUAAAACCCGUAGUUCUAAUUGUGUCAACACAUUGGGAAGAAGGAAACAGACAGUUCAGGGAUACAAAGGAACUGACUGAGAGCUUGCGGGAUCAGUUUCCAAAGUCAUCUAAUUUAUCACAGUACAUUAGAGACGAUAACGUUUAUUGUGCAGAAUUAAAUAUACCUCUCCAUGAUUUGGAAAUAUGCUUCUUCAACAUAGCUUCCCAUCAUCGAUGGAAAGAAAACAUUCCAAAAGAAUGGUCUUUCUUUGGUUUAGAAAUUGAGCAGAAAAAACAAAAAGAGAGAAUCCUAGAAAUCUCAGAAAUAACAACGAAAGUAUCAGAGAUUGCUGCUAAAGAACAGAAAGGUUCUGAUAAAGCUGAAAAGGGAAAACUAGAUAUGCUGCGAUAUUAUCAUGAUGCAGGAAAAACUUUAUAUUUUAAUGAAAAUGGUCUGGAGAAAGAAGUUAUUAUUGAUGUGCAAUGGUUUAUUGACGCCUUCAAACAUAUUAUCACCGACAAGCUACAUUGUAAAGGUAUUCCUGUACCUCAAGGGGACUGGGAUGAAUAUUACAAAACUGGAAAUUUGCGAAACCGACUUCUGAUAGAGAUUUGGAAACAUAAAGAUGAAGAGUUGUUUGAAAAGCUUAAGGAAGAAGACGAAGAUUACAACAUUGAAGACGGAUCAUAUGAGAAAGAUAGACGAUAUCUGCAAUGUCAUAAGGAUUCACUUCUCAGUUUUAUGGAAAGACUUGGUUUGCUGGCCCUUGGUACAGAAUCCUACUAUGCUCCGUGUAUGAACAGGAAAGAAGUGGAGUAUAAUCUUUCAAAUCUGAUUAACAAUUCGCAGAGUAAAUCAUCAGUCCUUAUUUAUCAAUUUGACUUUUUACCAUUUUUCUUGUUUUAUCGCCUUAUUGUCGCUUGUAUGCAAGAAGAUGGUUGGAAAGUACUACAAAAUCAUGAUACAUCUUGCCUCUAUAAAAACGCCGCUUUGUUUUCGUGCAUGGAAAAUACCAUCCUUGUAUCCGUCACAGAAGAGUCUAUACAACUUCAAGUAUUUUGUCUGAUGCAAGGAUGCGUUUUGGAAAGGGUAAAAACAUGCAGGAUUCAAGAAAGAAUAAUAGAUAUGUUAAAUAAUUUAUCGGAAAGAUUUCAUAGAAAAGUACAGUUUGUAAGAGGCUUUAGAUGUCGAAUGGACAAAGAAACGAUUGCUAUCGGUAUCAAGGGGCAUUUUUUACCAGAAAAAAAAUACAUUCCAAAAGAAGACUGUAAAAUGAUGUGCCCUUUGCAUUCGAUUACAGAUCAGCAUAUCAUUGAUACAACUGAAUUUACUAGAUACUGGAAAUUGCAAAGAGAAAUGAUACUUUCAGAUUGCAAGUAAUUAAGGGAAUUUUUUUUUUUACUAAAUUACCGUUUUAUUGCUUUGAAAUUAAAAACUUUUAAGCUCACCUGAGCUGAUAGCUCAAUUAAACUUUUGGGCUGGUACUCAUACUUUUAUUAUCCCUAAA